AUGCCAGCAGUUGAAGCCAGAAACCAAAAACAACAAAAAACUGCUGCGAGCCCCCAAAGAGGAACGUAUCCAAUAAAUGAAGUAAAACUGGUUAAAAUUAGUGUAUUUAAUGGUCCUUGUAACACAACCACAAAAAAUAAUGCAUUCAGACAAUUGACUAACCUCAGGGUACUGCAGCUCUGCAAGAAUGAAAUUCCUUGUGCAUUGCCACCCAGCCUGGAAGUCCUUAAGCUGAAUAACAACAAAAUACAAGAGUUACAUGAUUCAGACUUUGAUGGCUUGAAGAACCUCAGGCUUCUAGACCUUCAGAAUAACAUGAUUGUAGCUCUUAAUUCAAGCAUCUUUUCUGCCCCCAGAAAUUUGAUAAGUCUGAACACUGAUGGAAAUGGCAUGAAGUCAAUUGAUGCCUCUUUCUGUCUUUCUAGACUUAAUAGAUUGUGUCUCUAAGGCAACAGGCUUUCCUCUCUACAUUCAAAGUUCUUUGUUUUUCUACAGUCAUUGGAGGUCAUCAACCUGGCUAGAAAUCAACUUGUAAAAGUACCACAUGAGCUGCCUAAGUGUCUUUUAUCUUUAAACCUUGCAGUAAAUAAUAUCAAAGGUCUGAGACUGUGGAACAUCAGGCAUCUUGACCGACUUUCAAAUAUGGUUCUUUCUGGAAACCAGAUUUUGCAAGUUGAUCAUGGUGUUCUUGAUUUACCUAAUUUGACCACAACAGAUCUUUCUACUAAUCUGCUGAAAGCUGUACCACAAAACUUGCAGAGAGCCUUCAGAAAUUUGACUGCAGCAAUAACCCUUGAACUGAAUGCCCUUCAGAAUUGCUUGCAGAUGUUUAGUCUUGCUCUAGAGCAGGACCAUCUCUAUCCCAUUAAAAUACGGCAUCACGGUGGUGUUGUCUGUGAAAACUUUAAGAGGGCCAAGAAGAAACAUGGUGUGAAACGUGUUGAUGCAGUCUGA